AGCAUAUUACGUAGAGAUUUUAAAAUACAGGGAGUGGUAGGCGACCCCGGUCAGAAAGAAAAGCUGGGUUACCAAGCCCUAAUAUCACAAAUAGAAGCAGGGCUUACCAAGGGAUACUCCGAUAAAGAAGUUGUUAGUGCCGUAGUUCGUGCUGUACAGCCAGGUCUACAACUAAGAAGCUAUUUAGAGACCAUGGUUGACCUCACCCUACCAAGGUUGCGUAAAAUUCUUCGCUUCCAUUUUCAUGAAAGAAAUGCCACAGAACUUUAUCAGCUUUUAACAAAUAUUGCCCAGCAGCCUAAUGAAGAUCCUCAGUCAUUUUUGAUGAGAGCACUAACCGUUAGACAGAAGAUUAUUAGUGCUUCAAAAGAGUCGGACAGUGGGAUUAAGUAUGACGCCUCUUCAGUACAAAGUUUGUUCCUGCAUGCCGUGGAAACAGGUCUUGCUGACGAAACCAUUCGUGCAAAAAUAAGGCCACUCACUCAGAACCCAAAGUUCGCAGAUGAAGACCUCAUUGGAGCUAUGAGCCUAGCCAUAUCUGCAGAAGCAGAGCGAAGUAAUAAGUUCAAUCUUGCCAGCAAGGGGAAAUCUGUAAAGGUGUCCGCUAUCGAAAAUGCAGCUGAAUCAAAUACAAAGAAAGAGCUACAGAAGGACCAGCAGGUUCUAGCUACACUAAAAGCUGUGCAAGCAGAGUUGGCUACCAUGAAGGCAGAAGUUAAAAACCUGCGUGAAGCAGCAAGCAACCAGAAGGCAGACCCUAUGAUGCCCAGUCAUGCUGGAAAUGGAGUGAGAAUUGGAGCAAGGCCACUUGGUUGCCAAGAGUGUAGGAGGAAGAGGGAAGGUGACCGAUGCCCACAUUGCUACCUCUGUGGUGGCUUGUACCAUGUUGCACGCUACUGUCAGUCAAGG